AAGGCUACUCACUCCAGCCUACUCAACCAAAGAAGAAGAAAAAAAUGCAGCUUAACUUAAUUUCAACAGCACCAUCCAGCUUUUCGACUCCUCAUUAAUUGCCCCGCUUUUCGUUCCACCGUCUUUUCUUUUCUAUAAAUCAUCACUUUUUCUCACUCACAACUGCUCAAAAUAAGCUCUUAUAUCUCUUCACCCUCUAUCACAAUUCACAACCAAACUCUUCAACACUCUUCUCAAAUUUAACCAUCAAAAACCAUACGUGCAUUCAAACUUUAACGUUAAUUUUUGUUGUUCAUUCAUCCCUGCAACAAACGUGCUUCGCCGGGAAAAUUUUCUGUUGUAACUAAUAAAGCUGUGUUUUCGGAUAUUGGGUCCCACGAGCACAUGGAUGAAUCAACAGCUUUAAUGAUCUUAACGGCAAUAGCGGCCUACAUGAUAUGGUUCUUGUUCAUCAUACGGUCGUUAAGAGGUCCACGUGUCUGGCCCUUAGUGGGUAGUCUACCUGGUCUCAUCCACCAUGCCAACCGCAUGCACGACUGGAUCGCUGAAAAUCUCCGCGCGUGUGGCGGCACGUACCAAACCUGCAUCUGCGCCGUUCCUUUUCUUGCUAGAAAACAGUGUCUCGUGACGGUCACGUGCGAUCCCAAGAAUCUCGAGCAUAUACUCAAACUCCGUUUCGAUAAUUACCCCAAAGGUCCUACGUGGCAAUCAGCGUUUCAUGACUUGCUUGGAGAAGGUAUCUUCAACACAGACGGUGACACGUGGCUGUUCCAGCGAAAGACUGCCGCACUGGAAUUCACCACUCGUACCCUACGACAGGCCAUGGCUCGUUGGGUUAGCCGAGCUAUAAAGUUUAGAUUCUGUCCAAUUUUAGCCACGGCUCAGGAAGAAGAACUUCCAGUGGAUCUCCAAGACCUUCUCCUUCGGCUUACUUUCGACAACAUAUGCGGCUUGGCUUUCGGUCAAGACCCUCAGACACUAGCUGUCGGACUUCCAGAAAACGGCUUCGCGCUUUCCUUUGAUCGCGCCACGGAAGCCACCCUCCAACGGUUUAUUUUACCUGAAAUGGUUUGGAAGCUGAAGAAAUGGCUUCGGCUAGGAAUGGAAGUGAGCCUAACAAAAAGCCUAAAACACAUCGAUCAAUAUCUCUCCAAAAUCAUUCAAAACCGGAAACUGGAGCUACAGAGUGGAAAUGAGGCUCUAAACGACGAUCUUCUCUCGCGUUUCAUGAAGAAAAAAGAGUCUUAUUCUGAAGAGUUUCUUCAACACGUGGCACUCAAUUUCAUCCUCGCUGGACGUGACACGUCAUCGGUUGCUCUUAGUUGGUUCUUCUGGCUCUGUAUUAAAAACCCCCAAGUGGAGGAAAAAAUUCUGAUCGAGCUUUGCACCGUUCUGAUGGAGACACGUGGAGGAGAUCUCUCCAAAUGGACGGAUGAGCCUCUCGCUUUUGAUGAAGUUGAUCGCUUGGUUUACCUCAAAGCUGCGUUGUCUGAGAGUUUACGUCUUUACCCUUCUGUGCCGGAGGAUUCAAAGCAUGUGGUGAAGGACGACGUUUUGCCAAACGGAACCUUCGUUCCGGCGGGUUCGAUGGUGACGUACUCGAUUUACUCCGUUGGGAGGAUGAAGUUCAUUUGGGGAGAGGAUUGUCUUGAGUUUAAACCUGAACGAUGGCUUUCAACCGAUGGUGAAUAUAUGCAGGGUUCUUACAAGUUUGUUUCAUUCAAUGCGGGGCCAAGGAUUUGUUUAGGGAAGGAUUUGGCUUACCUGCAGAUGAAGUCCAUUGCCGCCGCGGUGCUGCUGCGCCACCGUCUGACGGUUGUGCCAGGACACCGUGUGGAGCAGAAGAUGUCGUUGACGCUGUUCAUGAAGUAUGGACUGAUGGUGAAUGUGCACCCAAGGGAUCUCGCACCGGUGGUGGAGAAGAUAACCAGCAAUUAAGGGUUUAGCAUUGAACUGCAAUACUGAAUUUAAAAAAAAAGAAGCCGUUGUGAGUAUAUUCAUAAGUAAAAAAUAUCAUCAUCUGUUUUAAAUAAAUUAUAUAUAAUAUUGAUGUUGAAAUAAUAUAUAUAGUUGUUUUUGUUGUGAAAAUAUACUACUAGUUAUUUACUUCUUAUAUAGUGAUGAUGUAACUUUUUUGUUGUUGGAUAAUGAUGGAGUGAGAUUUUUUGUUUUGUUA